CUUCACAGCCCGCAGUCUGAUUUCAUUACAAACUAAAAUGUUCACUUUAUUUAUGUGGACUUUGUUUUUUAAAUGCGUGAUUGGACGUCUUACAGUUGUACACGAGACAUCCGUGUCGGAUAUACUUACUAUUGACGGUCGUCUGAGAGCAUUCCAAAAUUUUGAUCAUGUAGACCAAUGCACUGCGGAGUGCUCCCUCGAGUCACAAUGCGUAUCUCUUGCAUAUUCCCCCGCAACCGGAAGCUGUCAACUCUACAAGUAUGACGUUGCUAAUUUUACAGUCGAUGUCAUAACACAAAAGCAAACUAUAUUUUUCAAAGUUGUUUGCGAGCGUCAUGAUUACACGUACAUACGCUCAUUAAACGUGUGCAUGAAGAUGUACCAUGACGAACGAACGUCCGACGAGUCACGUGACACAUGCAAGGAGGAUGGAGCAGAUCUUCUGCGCAUUGACACAUCAGCGAAAAUGGCUUAUUUAAAACCUGUCCUGGCUCAUAUUUCCAAUGAGGAUUACGGAUAUUAUUUAGGCGGGUAUGCUGUGGAAGGAAGUAAUGAAUACCAAUGGUAUGGCAUCGAUACUGGUGUAGAUGUACCUAUAGACAGAGAUAACGGUGGUGAACUUUGGGGACACCAUGGCGCGCCUGUCUGUAUUCACACAGGAGGAUGUUGUUUGUCGCUACAAUCACACAAUGGUAGCACACCACUCUUCGCACGAGAAGACUGCACAACGCAGCUUAUGUUCAUCUGUGCAAAGGAACUUUUUUAGGGUACAAGAUCGUUACUGUAUUCAUGCUUCACGUACACGUGAUCGCAUGUCUUUGACUAUUGUACAUGUAUACACAUACAUACAUUUUAGAAUAAAAUCAAACAAUGUAAGUAUCUAGUAUAUGAAAAAUAACGCAUUAUGUAUCUCUGAAAAUAAGAUCAAAUUAUUGCAAAUAUGUGCAAAGCAAGCAGAUAUGCAUAUUUAUUCUCAAUAUUCUAACGCCUAUAUGUUAUGACCUGUCACAUAUUCACGGAUAAUGCCACGGAAGAGCUACGGUCUAAUCGUUCACGGAUUACUACGUAAUGUGAAAUUCCGUAGUCCGCUACGGUUCCAGUACGGACACACAACUGUAUAAGUACGGAGUUCGACGGAUUUACCACCAAAAGCUACGGAUAAACUACGAUCUUCUACGGUAUAAGCACGGGUUAGGUCGUUGACUUCAAAUCGCUUGCCCCUCACCGCUGUGGGUUCGAAUCCCGACAGGGACUUCGGAUUCUUUCAUGUGAGGAAGCUAUCCAGCUAGCUUACGGAACGUCGGUGGUUCUACUCAGGUGCCCGUUCGUGCCUGAAAUAAUGCACGGAAGGGCACCUGAGGUCUACCUCCACCAGUAAAGCUGGAACGUCGCGAUAUGACCUAUACUGUGUCGAUGUGACGUAAAAUCCAAAACAAAAAAAAAGCAAAAAAAAAGCACGGGUUAGUACGAAUAAGAACGGUCUGAUACGGAGAAGAACGAAUUGAUACGGAGAAGACCGAGUGGCCACGGAUCUAUACGGACCUAUUUUAUCCAUCCACAACCUCUUGCAUGCUCAUUUUCAAAAUGUCCCAUCCCCCAAGAAAAGAACACCUAGAAAACGAAUUGCAGAGUUUUAUGAUUUUGGCGAAAAGGAUUCGACCUCAUCGCGUCCGACCCCCGAGACAUAUUAGAUCCGAUUAAAGUGAAUAUCUUGAAGGCCGCCGGAUCCUUAACAAGUUCGGCAAUGAGAGACUCGUAAUAAACAUGAAUGGGUCUUCGUAAAAGCUCAUCUCUAGUCCACCGUCUCGUCUGUCUUCUUUUACCUGAUUAGAUGGACUAGUAAUCAUUAAUGAAAAAUGUUUAUCAAUACUGCUUCUCUUUUGAUUUUAAAAUUUGCUGUUCAUUUUACAAUUAUAUUAAUUAUCGUGAAUGUUUAUGUUUUUAAAAUAUGUAAAAGCUCGUUAAUUUAAGGGAUAUUCAGACAAAUUAAUGACAAAAAUUUCAAAAUUAUCUUAUGUACUCAAAUCACGCUGAAAAAUUACAUUUGUAAAAGUCCCAACAUGAAUUUCUGCA